AUGUCUUUUCCAAAGCUCGCUACAUCUCCCGCCCUCUCCACGUCUACAUCAAAGCAAUCUCUCCGACGUCCGUCCUCCCGACCGCACAGCAUCAACCAAGUCGCGCAACCGCAGCCAACCGACACCCCAGACCACCCAAGCCCGCACAUCGGAGCAAACACCGACUCGUACCAAGCCGAACAAGAUGACCAUGCCCAGCCAUACCACGAAAGCCCCUCUUUAUCCUUGCCGCACAUCCUAUCCCAACCAUUCUUCACCCUGAUCGAAGACACCCACACCUCGGAAUACUACCACCCAACUGUCCACUACAUCUUCUCUGAUGACGACACAGACAUAGUAACGGAGGCUGCGCUGCGCUCGCUGGAGCCCGAACACGAUGUUGAUCCGAAUAUAAAGUCAAAGGGCAAGUCAAAAGUGGCAACCCAACAUCCUGCAGCUGGAUCAGAAGAACAGGACCCAGAAGAACAUUACGAGGAGGCUAGUCAGGAAAGGAAGGAGUCUCUCCUUCCGGAUCCCAUCCCAGGCGUAAGGGAUAACUAUAUCAUCCUUGAUAUGGACCAUAUACCGCCUGCGCCCAAGGACGGUUACCCCGAGGGAGCGUCACCCGAAUCGCAAGCCCAAGUUCAAGCGCAAGGCCAAACCUCGGAAGACCAGCCGCACCCACAAGGACACCUCACGAUAACAUCUGCACACAGUCUCUCACCCUCCUGGCAAGUCCUAAACACACAACUCCUCCCGGCGCCUACGUUCGAGAACAACUCAUCCGGCGAGAAGCCCGCGAACGGUGGACUCAUGCUCCAGGUCCAGGGGACCUCGGGUCUACCAACCGGUACGCUUGGCAGGGACAAGGAACAGGGCUCACAGCGAUUGGAGGAGAUGAUGGAUCAGUUUGCCAGGCGAAUGGAAGAAUUGAAAUUGGUAAUUGAGAACGGGGAGCGGGGGAUGCCGACAGAAUUCGAAGGGUCUCUUCACGACCCUAGCGCGCUUGGAGAGUUGGAUACUGAAGGUGCCCCCGGCGUCGACCGUGAAGUGAGAGAAGAAGUCCAUGGGCCAGAGGCUGUCCCUGAGGGCCAGUAA